UCUCUCUCUCUCUCUCUCUCUCUCUUUCCAAAACAGUAAGCAGGUAAAGGGCAGGGUGUGAAAGAGGGAGGAGAGUGACAGGAAGAAGGUGAGGAAACAAUGAGAUGACAAGAGUACAACAAAACACAAACGGACUGAAGAGACAGAAAUCGAGUUUUGUAAGCAUUUUGGGAUUCUGCUGAUUGCGAGAUGCUUGUGACUGUGUUAUUUAUUGUCACGAUGAUGCCGACAGGUCAUCUGAUGUAUGGCCUCUCUAAGCACAAUAAAGAAAGAUUUCCCCGGGCCAUCGUGAAGAGAGACUGUUCAUCUUCAAUUAUGUGCGAACCAGGAUUUCACCUAUCAGACUGCAAGUGCUCUCCGUGUAAACCUGGUUUUUACACCAGUCACUUUAACAGAGAAGAUGAGUGUUACCGCUGCUUCCAGAGCUGCAAACCUGCCUAUAAUUUGGAGGUGGUGAAAGAGUGCACAAGAACAUCUGAUGUGGAGUGUCGCUGUCGGGAUGGUUUCAGCUGUACAGAGCGAGAUCCGUACACACAAGGCUGUCGAAGAUGUCAUCCGAUCACAACACCCACCCCAAGCCUGCCUUAUAUAUCUACUUACUCCCCUGCUGCCUCCAUUUUAUCCACUGAUUCCCCGCAAAUCAACUGGAAGGAUGGAAAUUUUAUUUGGAUUUUUAUUGGAUUCUUUUUAAUUAUGUUGUCCAUCAUGGUCCUUAUCAUCUUCUUUCGGUUCUGCAAAAAGAAAGAGAAAGAAUGCUUUAAGCAAUUUGUCCGGCAAUGCUCAUUGGGCAAUCUAGAGAUGGACAGUGAGUCCACACCUCCAAACAGCCAGGCAGGUGAUCAGCGAGAGAUGCCGUCACAUGACAGUAUACCCACCAAUCAACAAUCAGGCUGCUCUUUCCAUCAGCCAACCGACUCGCCGCAGGCGGUGCCGCCUUCUGGCAAUUUAGGCCCACUGCACAUCUAUGGUCCCCAGACAGUUUUUGUUAGUUUGCUCAAUCAAUUUGGAUAUGACGGAGGAGAUAAAAAAGCUAAUGAACUUCAAGAGGAAUCUAUAAGUAGCAUCAAUGUGCCCCAUCCUCAGUCUCCCCCCAUACAUCUAUCUCAAGAGGAAAAAAGCUAUGAGAACGAUUUUAUCUUCUUCCCAUCACAAGAACAAGGAAAGGAGUGCCAUAUAUCUAAAGAAGAGGGUCUGUAAAGGAUUAUCAGAAAUCUCUGUACUCAUCCGGUACUAUUUGACCAAGUAUUAAAACUCUAACCCUGGCAGGGGAUGUCGUCCAAGAGGCAUGAGGCUGCACCGUUGGAAGACCUGGGUGUUUGACUAACAGAAAGUUUUAUGUAUAAGCUUGACAGUUUAUGCUGACUUUUUAUGCUUUGUCAUGAUUUCGAACCAUCAGAUUGGCUGAUGUGGUGCUAAUGCUGACUGCAUAAAGAGCUGUAAAGGCUCUCCAGGUCACUGCUGGUCUCUCUUAUGAAUGGUGGUUAGAAGAUCUCGGGGCCAAAGCUUUAUCUUUGUUAAAGAGCAGCCCCAAAACACUCAAAGAUAUUUAUUUAAACUUUUGCUAUUAAAGGCGGGGUGCAUGAUUUUUGAAAAGCACUUUGUAAGGGGCAUGUCUGGGUUGCGUAUGUGUGGGGCGGGUCUAUCAAAAGAAGGUCCAGGUUCUAUUGGGGUAGGGGCGUGUUUGUUUAGGUGAUUUCAAAUGUCAACACUGGCUUUCAGAGAUCAAGCACCCCGCCUUUAAGGUUAUAAUAACUGAAAUGUGCCUCUGUUUGUUUGACAGUCUAAUGGGAAUGACUAACUGGGAUCUGGGACCUCGUUUAUAAAGCGUGCGUAUGCACAGAUUUAAUAGUAAAGUGUUGCAGACAAUUUCAAGCUCAUAUGUGAUUUAUAAAUCUCACGUCUGAAAGUGAGGCGUAAGCGCGUUUUCUAUGCGUACAUUCGUUUUAUGAAUCACAUGUGCGUGCCUUUUGAGAAAUUAUCGAAAGGUCAAAUUCAGGACGUUUUCUAUGUAGCAUUUUAUAAAUGAGUCCCCUGGAGUUGUGACAUUUGCCAUUAUUAUUUAAUAUAAAGUUUGUAUUUAUUUGAACUGAUAUUAUCAAGUGUUAUUACCAAAUACUGACAGUGUUUUGCUCUAGACAGUGUUUUAAUAGUUUCUCAGUGUUCAGUACCUGCUCGGUUACGUCAGCGUUCUUCCUCUUUGGUUUUUAUGUGGCAGACGUUGGAUAAUGCCACCAAAAGUCCUGACAUUUCGAUGGUGGUCUGGAAAUGUCAACGCCGUUUCAUCCUUUUAACAACUCAACUAACUCAAUAAUCAGCGCACGAACACACAAAGCUGUUUUGUUAUGUAAAUAUGUUUUAUUAUUGCAGAAAUACACAUUUUUAUACAUGAUAUUGAUUGUAAAGUGCAAUAGCAUCAAUAAAAUUAUUUUUCCAUGAUUUCUCCCUGAGUACUUUAAUAUGAAUCGCAGGAAAUAAUAAAAUUCAAUACAAUUUUUUUUAUAAGUGGGUUGUUGAUAUACAGUACAGUGUAAUACUUGGAAAAUUUGCUGUGGUGUUUCAUGUUCUUAUAUAAUGGUUAUGCAUGCAGCUUUUCUGACCUUAUAUAUUUGUUGACACACUACAUGAACUAUUUUAACAUUUUCCUCUCAAAAAUUCUUCUUUCACUCAUUGUACAUUGAACUACUUGAAGGCAAAAGUAUCUUAAAAACUUAAAGAAAGGCCGGGCUAUACAGUUCUCCUUAAACAUUCAUACAUUAAACAGAUAAUCAAAAUUCU